AUAGUCUCAGGAAGACGAGGGUCGACCCUCCACUCGUCACUGCCUCCCAACACAACUCUCACAGCCAUCAACAAACACUGCCUCUAAUUAUAUAUCGCAGGGCCAGUUCAGGAUUCUCGAGGCUUAGUGACUGAAAAUUUCCUCGUGACUGAAAAUGCGUUUGAGUGACCCAGUUGAUCUACGAGGAUAUUGAGAGGAGGAAAUGGCGUCGAUGUUGCCUCGAGACUUCAUGCCUAUGGAAAUAGUGAACCCUGAUAUAAUGGGCGAGGAUGGUGAGGAAGAGGAAGAAGGAGUAAUGGAAGUUUCUGAGACAGAGGAAGAGAUGGAUGGAAGCAGUCGCAAUCAGGAAGGAAGGAAGGAAAAACGGAAACCUUCCAUCCAAAGGGAGCUGGCUGAUGCUAUUGUUCGUCUGGCACCCCUCGAGGAGUUGAGGAUCUUGCUCAAGUGUGGUGCCAAUGUGAAGGACACUGUAACCCAGGGCUUGUCCCCUCUACAUUAUGCUGUGUGGCAGCGGUACCCAGAGGCAGCAGAGUUCCUCAUUGAUGAAGGUUGUGAUAUCAAUGCGAAAGAUGAUAUAGGUUACACAGCGCUGCAUCUGUCAGCAGAACACGGGUACAUAGAGAUGAUGGAGGUGCUGCUCAAGCAUGGUGCUCAGGUCAACUUUAACAUCCCACCCGAGGACGAGGAUGACUUUCCCACAGAUGCCUACGACGAGCCUCUCCGUCUGGCUCUUAAGCAUGACCACUUCGAAGCUGCCAAAGUGCUACUGGAGCAUGGAGCCAACCCCAACACCAGGUACUUUUUUGGCUCAGAGAUCAACUUGGUUAAUCCUCUCAACACUCAGCUGCUGCACCUGCUGCUCUCGUAUGGUGCUAACCCCAACGCUAGAGACCGACAGGGCUUCACACCUAUCAUGAAGUGCUGUCGCUUACAACAGGGUCUGGAGGCAGUUUCUAUCAUUCUUUUGGGGUCCCAAACAUUGUUGGCAGGAUGGGUGCAUGUAUCCAUUCUGUCCAUGCCUGUCUAUGCUCUUGUGUUCUUUAUCCCUGGUGUCUUCCUUUUUGAUCUUAGUUAUCUUUCAUGUAUUUCUGGCUGCUUAUAUUUUUCAGCAGUUUUUCUUUUUUUUUUUUUGGCCUUCAGGAGGAAUUGCCUAUAUUUUCACUCUUCCCCCACUUCCCGUGCAUCACUUCUGAACCCCCUCAACAGGUCCGUGCUACACUAUGCUGUUCUCUCCGGCUCUGUUCCUAUUGUUAACCUCCUCCUCAAACAAGGUGCCAGGGUCAACUUUGAACCGGAGUAUAAUAAACCGACACCUCUGGAUUUGGCUAUCCUCAAGGGGGAUGUUGAAAUGGUGCGGCUCAUUAUUGAACAUGAUCCCAAUCUAGAUGCAAGCUCCCCCAUCAUUGGUUCUCCCCUUCACAUGGCAUGCAGCGAAGGAAUUCCUAACCGUUUGGAGAUCUUGAAGCUACUGCUGGAGAAAGGAGCAAACCCCAACCUGGUGAUUGUUGGAGAGGACAACACUCCCAUUAAGCCAGCACUGGGAGAGUACCUGUCAUCAAAUGAAGAUCCAGAUGUUGAGGUUGUCAACCUUUUCCUUAGAUAUGGUGCAGAGGUUGUGAUGCAGAGCCAAAACAGAGAUCCGCGAGGCCUCCUAAAUUGUCUUCCCAACCUCACCAAGAGACCAGAUGUCCUCAUCACCCUCCUGGAGGCAGCUCAGCGGUUUGAUCUGGCUAUCAUUAAACACUCAUCACUUAUUGAUAAUGAUCAGAGAAAGAUCUACCUCAAGGUUGGCCAGUCACCUCUUCCCCUGAAGCACUUGGUGCGUGUCUUCCUACGACAGGAACUUGGCGAGAAGAUCCCACUAAGAAUUGAUGAGCUGGAUCUGCCAGUAAUCAUGAAGAAGUACCUGCUCUAUGAAAUCAGCUAACUAAUUAGUCACCUCUAGCAUUUAAGGUUUAGUUUUAAGCUUUUGUGCAUUAUGUAUAAGUGUUGUUGAUAUAUUUUUAUAGUUAAAAGAUUCUUAGGCCAAUUCCUUCUUUAAACUGGCUCUAAAUUAUUUGUGAAUUCUUAAUUAUUUAAAAUUGAAAAUAAUUUACAUAAUGAUAUUUCAACUGAUCAUCACAUUCACUUAUCUUCAAAAUUCAAAUACUGUAUCAUAACAAUCAGGAAUAUUUUUGGUUGUCAAGGUCUGUUAAUAUUGCAUUAAGUAAUAUUUACAUUUUGGAACUAAGGACAAGAAAUGAUUAAUCUUGAUAGUUUCCAUUGCACAAAAUAAUGUAGGGUAACUAUUACUUUUGAGAUUGUUGGUUUAUAGGGUUUAAAGAGUAUCUAUUAUGCAUUUUUCAUUAAGGCUGCAUGCUGCUUGUAAACUACCAGUCAAGAAUACUUUAUUCCUAAAAAGAGGGAUUAAAGUCUUUAUACACUGAGAGACCUCAGUGUGAGAUGCAGAGAGUCAACCUAAUUAACUUUGUGGGUAUUCCAAUGAUUAGCCUCCUCUCCUUCCCCUCCCACAAGAAAAUUAUUAACUAUAGUAGUUAUGAAGAUUCAUAAAUAGGCAAAGCAAAUUGAGCUUUUUAAAAUGUAAAUUUUAGCAAGAUUAGGCUUUUAUUAUUAGUUUUGGUACAAUAACAGUUUUAUUUUAAAAACUGCAUAACAUUAAUCAGCUGUUUCCCUAUAAUAAAAGGAGGCAGUUAGUCUUCAGGUCAAUAUUUUUUUGUGAUAUUUCCACAUUGAGGUUAUAUUUACAGCAAAUUAAAAAGUAAUUAAGGUAGGUACUUUAUUUGUGGCUGGUCGGGAACAUUUAGCCCACACAUUGAGUGUAAACUCACUGUUAACGGCUUUCAGUUAACUUAGAAUAUCGGCAUCAAUACAUUGCUUAUCUGCAGUUUUCUACUUUUGAUAUUAGUGAAUCACUCUUAGACACUGAAAUCUAGUUUGACUUUUGUAUUUUAUUGGAGGAGAAAGGUUUAUAAUGGCUUUAAAGAAUAAAAAGUCACAAUACUGUGACUAGAAUAAUCCACCAAAAGCCUGCACUUAGAAGAGAAACAAUGACUGUGUUCUAUCCUGGACCAUUGUCAAGUCACUUCUGUACUACUACUGCUACUGUACUACAGAUUCACUACAUUAUAUUUUACUUCUAUCACUGCUGCUCAUUUCUGUUACUACUAUUGUUACAAUAUUUACUGUACUACUACUACUACUACUACAGUAGACCCCCGGUUUUCAUAAUUAAUCCGUUCCAGAAGGUUGGCCAAAAUCCGAAAUGGUCGAAAACCGAAGUAAUAUUUCCCAUAAGAAAUAAUGUAAAUCCAGUUAAUCCAUUUCAAGACAACCAAAAAUAUUAACAAAAAGUACAUUUUAUGGAGAAUAACUAUAGUUUUCCUAGGUGUAGUAGGUUGGUAGACAGCAACCACCCAGGGAGGUAUUACCAUCCUGCCAAGUGAGCGUAAAACGGAAACCUGUAAUUGUUUUACAUGAUGGUAGGAUUGCUUGGGUCUUUUUUCUGUCUCAUAAACAUGCAAGAUUUCAGGUACGUCUUGCUACUUCUUACACGUAGGUCGCACUACACAUACAUGUGCAAGCAUAUAUACAGUGGACCCCCGGUUAACGAUAUUUUUUCACUCCAGAAGUAUGUUCAGGUGCCAGUACUGACCGAAUUUGUUCCCAUAAGGAAUAUUGUGAAGUAGAUUAGUCCAUUUCAGACCCCCAAACAUACACGUACAAACGCACUUACAUAAUUGGUCGCAUUCGGAGGUAAUCGUUAUGCGGGGAUCCACUGUAUAUAUAUAUACACACACCCCACUGGGUUUUCUUCUAUUUUCUUACUAGUUCUUGUUUAUUUCCUGUUAUCUCCAUGGGGAAGUGGAUCAAAAUUCUUCCUCCGUAAGCCAUGCAUGUUGUAGGAGGCGACUAAAAUGCCAGGGGCAAGGGGCUAGUAACCCCUUCUCCUGUAUAUAUUUCUAAAUGUAAAAGGAGAAACUUUCGUUUCUCCUUUUGGGCUACCCCACUUCAAUGGGAUACAGCCGGUGUGUUGAAAGAAAGAAAGAACUAUAGUUUUACAUACAGAAGACAAUGAGAAAUAAAUGACUAAUUUUAAUGAUAAAUGAACAUUACAUACCUUUGUUGAAGACUCUUGUCAGUGAGUAGUAUUUAUUUAUAGUCCCAGGCGGACUACAUCCCUGGUGUAUACCUACCAGCUACUUACACUGCGGCCUAUAGCCAUAUUAUUAUCAUAGACAUACCAUGUUCAUUGAGUUCAAAAGCGUUUCUAACAACUAUCUUUAGAUGCCAUCAUAAACAAAAGGAGAAGUAAUGAAUAAUUCAUGCCGAGAAUUGUAAACGAAAGCUUAUGUAUUAAGGGUGGUUACUGGGCCAACGCAGAUUCAUAUGGUGUUCUCUACUGCUGGACCAGAGAAAACGUAAUGUGUACCCUCCACCACAUAUAAACAUUGCAUGUGAGUCACGAACGUAUGAGUGGCCCACGCGCACAUGUCUGAUACCAUCGAUUUCAGAGGAGUGGAUGUAUGAAAUAGGUGGGGGGGAUUUCGCUGAAAUCGCUCGAAAUCCAAAUUGUACGAUUUCCGCACCAGCCGAAAACCGGGGGUCCACUGUACUGCUAAUUCUAUGUUCACCAACAUGACUCCUCAUUGUGCUGCUUACUACCACAGUCUUAAUUUUUUCACUAAUUUGCUCACCCCAUUUGAGACUUGACAGUGGUUCAGGGGAGACCGAAAUAUUGUGAAGAUCCUCUCCUAAGUGCAGAUUAUGGUGAAAGUAGUUGGCUUAAAAUAAGUUCAUAGAUGGGGUUUUUAUUAAAUCAAAUCUUUUAAGCUGUCAUAAGUUUUCUAUCAAUAUAAAUUAAUGCCUAGUACUGAUUUAAGCAUAGUACACAACUGUUAAUGGUUGCAGUUAUAAUGUUUACAGUUAAAUGUAUUAGUAUGUUACUGUAUGGAUUUGAGAUAUAAAAAAUGCCAUUCAGCAUUUGUAGAAAACUGAUAUGUAUACGUUACGAAGACUACCCGCAACAUUGUAUCGUGAUGGACUAAAUAUUUGUUACAUGUAUGUUAGGCUUUAUAUUUAUUUGCCCUCAAAAUUGUAUACUAUUAAAGAUUAGUGUGGGUAGUAUACAAAUGUUAUCCAAGUUCAUGCAAUGAGAAUUUGCAUUACCUGAAUAUUUGUUUCCUCCUCCAUACCUCCUCCUUGAUGAGAUGAAUUUUAUUUAAUUAAAUAUAUAUUUAUUGAUUAUUUUUGCACCAAAACAGACAACCUAUUCUUGCAAAAAAAAAAAAAAAUUUUUUUUUUUUUUUUUUUUUUUGGGGGGGGGGGGAGGAGGAGGAGGAGGGCCAGAUCUUCAGGUGAUGAACUUUGUCAUGUUUAUCUUAAUGAUAACCCAAGCUUAGAUGUGAAUAUUUUGUAAAACUCUUGACUUCUGUAGAUAGGAGAAACAGGUAAUACUCAACACAUUACCAUUUAGAUUAAUGGACUUUCAUUAGUAUAUACAGUAGGUUUUGAAUUAUUUUUACAUAUCAAUUUUUAUGUGUAUAUGGGUGUAGUUUUGUAUUGUCAUAUAUAUGCAUGUAUAUAUAAUGUAUGCAUGUGUGUGUGUGUGUAUAUAUAUAUAUGUAUAUAUAUACAGUGGACCCCCGGUUAAUGAUAUUUUUUCACUCCAGAAGUAUGUUCAGGUGCCAGUACUGACCAAAUUUGUUCCCAUAAGGAAUAUUGUGAAGUAGAUUAGUCCAUUUCAGACCCCCAAACAUACACGUACAAACGCACUUACAUAAAUACACUUAAAUAAUUGGUCGCAUUCGGAGGUGAUCGUUAUGCGGGGGUCCACUGUAUAUAUAUAUAUAUUAUAUAUAUAUAUAUAUAUAUAAAUAAAUUUUUACAGUUUUUGUUUAACAUUGUCUUAAAUAAAAUCCUAUAAUUGAAUAGGAUGGUUCCAAUGUUCUGAUGGAGUUUUAUUUAUUUCAAAGAUAAUUCAUUAAAUUCCUGUGCUUUAAAUAAAGUAUCAGGAUCAUCAUUAAUGAAUAUGGAAAAUAGAGGUGGUACAGCUAUAACUAAUGGAUAGGUAGAGAAAAAUGUUUGAAUCUAUGAAAACAAGUCUCAUGUAAAAUAGCUGCAUAAAAUAGUUAACAUUAGCCAUUCUGUUUUUAGCUUUUAUUUAAACCAAAAUAAUUUAAAUUGAUUGGGAUGAAACUUGCCAUAUUGUGGUGUUCUUUAAGUCACUGUUUCCAAGAUUAACCCAAUUUUUUUUUUUGUUUGUAUCUGUGUAAAUAUUCUUUGAGAAUGCAGUAGCUUCUUCUCUUGCUAUCCUGCCUCAAGAUAGUGACUUUUUUUUUUUGUCUGCCAAUAGUAUGACUAAACGUAUGUACCAAGAAAGGUUUACGUUAAUGUAUGUUUUGCCAAAAUGUUUAUAAAGUGGUUAUAACGAUGCAUUUCCUUAUGCCACACAGUUACUUAGUACAAUGUUUUAAUACUGAAAUUAAACAUUAACAUUAUUAAGCUAAUGUAUACUCGACAUUGCAUCUUCCUUAUCUGUUGUGAUGCUAUAGAAAAACUCUACCUCUACUCUAUACCAUUAAUAACAAAUGAGCUCUUGCAUUUCCUCUGUACAAUAUUUGUUUAAAAAUAAAGUUUUUAACUUUG